AUGAUUCCAAAAGAACAGCAUGGUUUCUUGAGUGGGGCCUCCACGGUAUCCAAUUUAUUAGAUAGCUUGUUUGACUGGCAAUCCGCUCUGAACAAUGGAAAAUCCGUAGACAUUGUCUUCGUUGACUUAUCAAAAGCAUUUGAUAGGGUCUGCCACCGUAGGUUGCUAGUCAAAUUGCAGCAUCUGGGGAUUUCUGGGCAGCUUCUAGAUUGGCUGAGAUCUUUUCUAAAUCAACGAUACAUGACCGUCAAGGUUCGUCACAGCUUCUCUGACAGACACCACUGUCAAAGUGGUGUCCCUCAGGGAAGCGUUUUAUCGCCGUUGCUUUUUUUAGUAUAUACAUUGGACCUCCCUGCUUACAUUACUACUUCCCCCGAGGUGAAGGUGCAGAUGUAUGCUGAUGACAUAAAAAUAUAUGCCGCAUACGAUACUACCAACAAGAGUGAAGUUCAAGCAGCAUUUAGGCUAUCCCUAGCGAAAAUGUCGGAGUGGGCCGCCUCUUGGGGCUUGACGAUCAACUUAAACAAGUGUUCCCUUUUGCACUUGGGGGAUAACGUUUCGCCGAGACCCUGUAGUGAAAGAUCAGGGAGCUUUGGCUUGAGCUACUUGAAAAUUCAAAAGAGAUUCUAUUCGAUUAUGUUUAACUCCUAUUUUUAUCGUAUGGCCAGGAUGCUGGACAAGCUGCCUCCCGAGUUGCUCAGAUCGGAAAACGGUAAGGUGUUUAAGAACAGAUUGCGGAAGAUCUGUAUUACGGACUCACUUCACUCCUUAUUCUAA